GCUCUAAAACUGUGUAACCAUGAAGUUGGUCAAAAAUUAGCGAUCACGAGGGAGCUGAAACACCUCGUCGCUGUUCCUGAGUUCCUGGCUUCCUGGCUGCAUCUCGUCCGGGGCCUGCGUUCUGCGGUCCCUGGCUACGUGUCGUCGAGCGCCCCGGCGAGGGUGCGAACCGCCAUGACGGCCGCGUCGACGGAAUCUUCUCCCCCGCCGAAAGCGCGCGCUUUCGACGUUGUCGUGCCAGUAGGCACAUUGGCGGACGAUCUGAUUGAUGGGAUAUCCGCCAUUGUGGGGCUGCCCGAAAUUUACUCGGCGCAGCACCUAGGAGGUACAAACUUCCAAGUCGUCGUCAACACCCGUGCAGCCGCCCUCAAGCUUCGUGAGGCCGGCAGCGUCUCCAUCGCCAACCAGUCAGUCCCCAUCGUGCCGACGGGUCCGCUGGUGACGAAUGUGACUUGCCUCUUCCGGCCGACGUUUGUGCGCAACGACCAGCUCGUCCAAGCCCUGGCCCCGUACGGCAAAGUCAUCGACGUCUCCUACGCAACCUACCACCGAACGGAGACUGUGAAAACAGGAAGCCGCUUCAUCCGCAUGGAGAUGAAGGAGGCUAACCCCCUGCCCAACUUUCUGCACGUCGCCGGACAUCGUGCUACUUUUGACUACCGCGGCCUGAAGCGCGUAUGCCGACGCUGCAGGCAGGAGGGCCACGUCCGGGCACAGUGUACGACGGGCUACUGCGACCGCUGCGGUGUCUUCGGGCACCCAACUGAGGGCUGCACUGCCAACUGUGGACGCUGCGGUGGAACCCACGCGACUGUGGACUGCACGGCCAAGAGAAGCUACUCCUCCAUGGUCACCGGAAACUACGCCACCGAUUUCCCGGCCCUGGACCCAGGAAACGUGACCUGUCCCAUCGCCCCCGAAGCUCCGGCCGUACCAACCGUCUCCACCGUCGCACCUCCGUCACCACCUGACGCCGCAGCCGCGGCCGCACCACCGCCUCUUCCGUCGCCACCCCCACCCGCCCCACCCGAGCCAAGCCCGACCGGCUCGGGGAUGACUUCAGCCGAAGCGACGGACUCUGCCCGAACCGCCGCGGUUGCUGUCGGCGACACCGCCUAUGCAGCGUGGAGCCAAGCGUCGGGUGAUGGCGAGGUGCCCAGCGACAGCGACCACCUCGUCAUCGACGAGAACCCCGCUCCAGGUGGCCCUGCAGAGGCACCGACCGACAGUAUGGAUACGACCACAACUGACACACCGGAGUCCGACUCGAGCCGACUACCGCACGAGGACUCCAAGCGUCCCCUCAGGAGCAGCGGUUCCCGCUCAACUGACAGUGGGGGCCCACGAGCCACGGGCCCCAAGAAACCGCGAAAGUCCUCCCCCUCGCGUCGGGACCCCUCUCCAGCAUCGUCCGACAGCUCCACGUUUUAAGCAACACGCCGGCGUCCCUAUCCCCCUUUUUUACUUUAUACUGGCCACCCUUCGCAUAUUAUCCCUGAAUGUGCGGGGCUUUCGAAACCCAGCGAAGCAAACUGAAGUGAUGCACUUCGCGAGGAUUCAGAACUGCGAUCUUCUGUGCUUGCAAGACACCAAC